GGAGGAGAGAAGGGAGGCAGCUCGGCAGAGAGGAAAGGGACGGGACCCGGCGCCCCGCGGGCCAUGCGCCUCUUGGCCACGGCGCUGGCCGCCCUGCUGGCCACAGCCCCAGCCCCAGAUGUUUGUGAGGCUUUAAACGUAACAGUCUCUCCAGGACCAACAGUGCGAUACUCUGAGGGAGAUAAUGCCACCCUUUACUGCCACAUUUCUCAAAAGAGAAAGACAGAGAAUUUGCUGGCUGUGCGCUGGGUCUUUGCUGCAUCACCAACCCAGGAGCACCUGAUGAUCAAAAUGACAAAGUUUGGGUCCGUUCAGUAUUAUGGAAAUUAUACUCACCGUUUCCACAAGCAAAGACUUCAUCUUCUUAAAGAGAAACAUGGAACUAUAUACAAGUUUCUUAUUCUUAGCCUCCAGCAAGGAGAUCAAGGACAUUACAUAUGCAAAGUCCAGGAAAUUGGCAAACACAGGAAUAAGUGGACAGCGUGGUCAAAUGGCACAGCAGCUACUGAAAUAAGAGUGAUUUCAUCAAAAUCUUCUGAUGAUCCCAUUUUAAAGAAAAACCAUGAAGCUUGGAAGUUUUUUGAAGAUUUGUACGUGUAUGCAGUGUUUGUGUGUUCGAUAGGAAUCAUCAGUGUCCUGCUUUUUACACUCGUCAUCCUCUGUCAGUCAAUUCACAACAAGAGGAGAUCCACAGUGAAGCAUUACCUGGUGAAAUGCCCCCAGAACAGCUCUGGGGAGACAGUUACCAGUGUGACAAGCAUGUCCCCUCUACAGCCCAAGAAGGUAAAGAAGAAGAAAGAGAGAGAAAAGUUGGAGCAGCCUCCAGCCAUCCCAGCAAAAGUUCCAAUAGCCAAUAAUUUUCCUAAGCCCAAGCUCUUGAAACCUCAAAGAAAAUUGACCCUGCCAAAAAUCACAGAGGAGAAUUUAACAUAUGCUGAACUUGAACUUAUGAAGCCUCUUCAGGAAGCCAAAGGCACUCCCAGUACGACAGUCUACGCACAGAUACUCUUUGAGGAGAACAAGCUGUAAUAGUUCAUCCCUAUAUAAAUGUCCUUUGUCUGUGUUCUAUUUAAUUCCUGCUGUGCUGUUUAUUUAUAAAAAUCAUACAAAUAGCCUUUUUUUUUUCCAAUCUCCAUUCAUGGACUUCUUCUAUUUUUCUAUGAGACUUCAAAACAAAAUGUAGUGGAAAGCAAUUACAGAAAAGCACCUGGUCUGCAAGUGUCAUCUCAGAGACAUCCUUCAGAAUGUCCACUCCUCUAUUUUAAAUGGACCUGGGCAUUUUUAGCACGAGACAUUAUUUUUUCUUUGAUGAUAAUAUGAUGAUUCCAGCUGCAAACAUCAACAUCUUGGCAAGCCUCAGGAGUAGUGUCAGGAUUCAUGCACAUCAGCCUGCUUCUGAAGACAAAGACCACUGACCAGGACAUUUGUCAAUUUAAUCCUGUUUUUCCCAUCAUAAAAAAAUAUCCAUUCAGUAAAGCCAAGACUCUUUUCCAACAGCAAAGGAAAAGAUAAAAUUACUUUUAUUUUAAAUUUUUUUCUCUCCAGAAACAGUUUUAAAAGUUCUGGUUUCUAUAUUUUUAAAUUCUUUUUCUAAAUGGCAUUGUCUUAAAAAAAUACAUUACUGCUAGGAAAGUUCUUCUUAAGAGCUUAAAGUCAAACAUUUCAAAACAAUCACAAGGAAACAUUUGUAGUUAAUCCCCAAUGAUUUAAUGAAGACUAUUUACAGCUGAGGAACAUUUUCCAGGAUCUGAUCUUUUUUCAGUUCUGACUGGGAGUAGGGAAGAGUUGAUAGUAAAUGAAAGACUUUGACAGAACCAGGACACUGCUUUUGGCCUUGAUUUAGUCUGGUGCUUCCAAACCUGAAGAAGUCUCCUCCUGUGGUCUGCAUUACUGAACUGCUGAUCUAGAGGGGGAAGAAAGCCACAUGCCUUUUCUUUUAGCAUGGAACAACUCUGUAGGUCCUGCUCACUUUGGAGUUAUUUCUUUGGAAACACCAUGGCUCAGGAGACAGUGAAAUGAAUCUCUUCCCUCUUGAUAACCAAGAAGAGUCUUCCAUGUCCUUUGACACACAUUCAUGGAAAAUGAGCCAUUUGUGGCAUCCCAGGUAUUUCAGUCAUGGAGGAUAGCUAGGCUGAUGUUUUCAGGUUCCUAAAUCUCCAAAUUCCACAAAAGCUCAGGAAGAGCUGAAUAUCCAACACUGCUCAGCUCCUGAGUGAUAGCAGAGUUGAUGGAGACAUACAAGCACGAGCUCUUUAGCUCACCAUCAGGCCAUGGAGAUUUGAUACUUGCCACGUGCCAGCUUCUCCUGGUCUGGAAGGGAGCCCCUUGACAGCUGCUCAUUCAGCAGUAUUUAGUGUGGAUUUUGGAGUAGCAUUUGCAAGCUUUGAGUUUUGAAAUCUUGACUAAAGUGAUCCAAAUUUUUUUCCUCCUUUACAGCUCAGGCCUUUUUCGUGAUACAGCAACUUUUCCCCAGGCCUCAGAGUACAGCUGGGAACCAUCACAGGAAUGCUCACGUCCUUAUUCCUCUUACAGCAUGGGAGUGCAGGAGGGGAGGCCAGGGGCGAUGAUGCAGGGAUGAGGACAUGUGACAAAGGGAAAGAGCACAUCACUGCCUUUUGAAGGGUUUCACCAGAGUGAGCAAGUCUGCAGAAACUACUUUUUAAUGUUUUUGAACAGAGGUAGAGAUUAGGCAGCACACAAAAUCUGUUACUGUAUAGGCAGGAUAUAGAAAUGUAAAACGCAGCCACCUGCUUCCAUAUUAGAUAAAAAUACUUUGUAUGAAAUUAGAAUUUAAGAAAAGCUGUGUCAGGUUGGCCAUUAUGUACAGUACUAAUUACACUCUAGCAGCUCAUUAAAGCAGUUCUUUCCAAACUAAGGGCAGCUUUUAUCAAUGUGUUUGCUAGUGAUUGAUUGUAUUUUUUAAUGUCUGAAUCUGUGAGCUGUCAGAAAAAUGUUUGUUUUCCCUUUUCAUUAUCCCAGGAGCUUAAUCACCCAGGGAAAAGGCAUGAUCUCUUUCCUUGUUCUCUGACCAAGUGACAGACUUUCAAAGACAACAACAACCAAAUUAUUGACCAAACACAGCAACCAAGUCAUUGACCAAACAUAAAUAGUUACUGAGGAGCGAUCAAAUAUUCAGGCAUAUUGACAGACUAUCCGGAGAGGACAUCUCUUAUGCAGAGAGCUCUAUGGUAGGCCUUAGAAAAAGGUAGAAUUUAUUAGUGAUUCCUUUGGAAUUAAAACUAAAACCUUAACUAUCAAUAGGCUGGCCAUUUAUUUGUUAACAUUUUCUGAAGGUUGGUAUAUAAAGGUUCCUUUUACAUACAAUUGUCCAUUCUGCCUAUUGCUCAGAAAAAAAAUCACUGCUGUAUAUUUAUGGCCAAUAUUCUAAUGAAUACCAUUCUUUGUGUAUUAAUAAUCUAUAUAUUCUUGUUUGUGUUUAAUGUCUAAUUCCCCAAAACAAUAAUUGAGGUAAAUAAAUUGCCUUUCUGGU